AUGGCAUCUGCUUCGACGGGUCAAAAGGCAUCGCGCCUCUACGAUGACAAAGCUGCGUUCAUCUACGGUACUGCUUGGAAGAAAGAUCAAACAAAGAGGCUAGUCAAGGAAGCUCUAGCCCAGGGCUUUCGUCGCGUCGACACAGCUGCACAACCACGGCAUUACCAGGAACCUUUGGUCGGUGAAGCGCUUCGUGAGGCAUUUGCUGAGGGUACACUUGAACGCAAACAGCUAUAUUUACAAACAAAGUAUACCACGCCUGCCGGCCAAGAUCUGAACAACAUGCCCUACAACCCUGACGCGCCGCUGGACACCCAAAUACACACAUCCGUCGCGUCCUCGCUGAAGAAUCUGCGAUACAACGACUCAGAUAAUGUCUCAUACGUUGAAUGUCUACUUCUGCACUCUCCACUGCCUACCAUUGACCAAACACUUCAAGCGUGGAAACUACUAGAGUCUUAUGUGCCCGAAAAGAUCCGCUCCCUCGGCAUCUCCAACGUUACUCUUCCCAUUCUCCAAGCCAUCUUCGAGAACGCCACGAUAAAGCCGGCCGUUGUCCAAAACCGUUUCUACCCUCAGACACGCUACGAUGCAUCGUUACGCGCCUUCUGCCGCGAACACAACAUUAUGUACCAGUCCUUCUGGACUCUGACCGGAAACCCUUCUCUUAUCAGAUCCGAGCCGGUCGCUGCGUUGGCUCAAGCUGUUGGUGUCGGACUGCCCGUCGCGCUUUACGCUCUUGUCAUGGAUCAAGGAGUCGUUGUGUUGAAUGGGACUACUUCAAGUGAUCAUAUGUGGGCGGAUCUGGAGGGUGUUGAGAAGGUGUGUGACUGGGCGCUGUCGCAACCUGACAAGUUCAAGGCUAUUAGCGAGGCCUUCAAGUCACUGCUCGCAUCGUAG